GGGAGGAAACAGACUCUGGGCACCUCUGCGCGGUGGAGAGGAGAGUGAGAGCAAGCAGGGAACUUUAGAGCCUAAAGCGCUUCUCCUGCUGCCUCUCCCGGACGUCACUCCAGACCCUGCUUCCCAGAGUCUGAGCCCCUGGGAGUCCUGACUGAAUUCUCAGCCCAACCUGUCCUUACCUCCAUUGGAGGGAUUAAGGGGGAAGGAAGAUAUACAGACUGCCAAACAGAAGGCACAGGCAGGACGUCUUGGAUUUGUAUAUAUGUCAGAUGAUUUGAAGAGUAGCAGCUGCUCCAGGAAUGUCAAAAUGACUCAAAUGAAACUUAGAAUCUUCUAUUUUGCCAUCAUCUUCAUGUUAAUAUGUGAGAUCAAACCCCAAGUAUCUGAUGAAAGUGAAUUUUUAGUUGACAGGUCACAAACAGGUCUCACUCAUGUUCCCAAGGACCUGUCCCUGAAAACAACAACCUUAAAUAUAUCACAAAACUACAUAUCUGAGAUUCAGUCUUCUGACAUUCUAUCACUAUCAAAGCUAAGGAUUUUGAUGCUUUCUCACAAUAAAAUCCAGUAUCUUGAUAUCAGUGUCUUCAAAUUCAACCGAGAAUUGGAGCACUUGGACUUGUCCCAUAACAAAUUGAGGAAAAUUUCUUGCCACCCUACCGUGAACUUCAAGCACUUAGAUCUCUCCUUUAAUGCAUUCGAUGACCUGCCCAUAUGCAAGGAGUUUGGCAACCUAGCUCAACUAAAAUUUCUAGGACUGAGUGCGACACAGUUACGAAAAUCUAGUGUGCAGCCAGUUGCUCAUUUGAAUAUCAGUGAAGUCUUGCUGGUUUUAGGAGACUCUUAUGGGGAAGAAGAAGAGUCUGAUAGUCUUCGAUACUUUAAUACGAGGAGUCUGCAUGUUGUUUUCCCCACAAAAAAGGAAUUCCGUUUCAUUCUGGAUGUGUCGGUCAGUACUGCAGUAAAUUUGGAGCUAUCUAAUAUCAGAUGUGUGCUACCUGACGAUGAGUGUCAUUUCCUAGAUGUUUUAUCAAAACUUCACAAGACACCAAGGCUGUCAAAACUUACGUUAAAUAACAUUGAAACAAGUUGGAGUAUUUUUAUUGCUAUCAUCCAGAUUGGUUGGCAUAUAAAGAUGGAAUACUUCUCAAUUUCGAAUGUGAAACUACAAGGUCAUCUUGGCUUCAGGAAAUUUGAUUAUUCUAAUACUUCCCUGAAGGCCUUGUCUAUACAGCAAGUUGUCAGUGAUGUAUUCAGUUUCCCACAAAGUAAUAUCUACAGUAUCUUUUCAAAUAUGAAAAUCCAAAAUUUCACAGUGUCUGCUACACAUAUGCUUCACAUGCUUUGCCCAUCCCAAAUUAGCCCAUUUCUGUAUUUGGAUUUUUCCAAUAAUCUCUUAACAGACAUUAUUUUUAAAAACUGUACAACCUUAACUGCAUUAAAAACACUUAGCUUAAAAAUGAAUCAAUUAAAAGAACUUGCAAAUAUAAUUCUUAUGACCAAGGAAAUGAAGUCUCUACAACAAUUGGAUAUUAGCCAGAAUUCUCUAAGGUACAAUGAAGAUGAAAAUACUUGUUCUUGGACUAAGAGUUUAUUAAGUUUAAAUAUGUCUUCAAAUACGCUUACUGAUUCUGUAUUCAGAUGUUUGCCUCCCAAGGUCAAGAUACUCGAUCUUCACAACAAUAGAAUAACCAACAUCCCUAAGAAUGUCACCCAUCUACAAGCUUUGCAAGAACUCAACAUUGCUUUCAAUUCUUUAACCGACCUUCCUGGUUGUGGUACCUUCAGCAGCCUUUCUGCACUGAUCAUUGACCAUAAUUCAAUGUCCCACCCAUCAGCUGAUUUCUUCCAGAGCUGCCAGAAGAUUAGGUCAAUGAGAGCAGGGAACAACCCAUUCCUAUGCACAUGCGAGUUAAGAGAAUUCAUCAAAAAUAUAGACCAAGUGUCAAGUGAAGUAGCGCAGGACUGGCCUGAUUCUUACAAGUGUGACUAUCCAGAAAGCUCUAAGGGAGUCCUGCUAAAGGACUUCCAUGUGUCGCCACUAUCCUGCAACACCACUCUGCUUAUUCUUACCGUUGUGACCACCAUGCUGGUGUUGGCUGCUACUGUGACCUUCCUUUGCCACUACUUUGAUCUGCCCUGGUAUCUCAGGAUGAUGUGUCAGUGGACCCAGACCCGGCACAGGGCUAGGAACAUCUGCUUGGAGGAACUCCAAGGAACUCUCCAAUUUCAUGCUUUUAUCUCAUACAGCGGGCAUGAUUCUGCCUGGGUGAAGAAUGAAUUACUACCAAACCUAGAAAAAGAAAAUUUACAGAUCUGCCUCCAUGAGAGGAACUUUGUUCCUGGCAAGAGUAUUUUGGAAAAUAUCAUCAAUUGCAUUGAGAAGAGUUACAAGUCCAUCUUUGUUUUGUCUCCCAACUUUAUCCAGAGUGAGUGGUGCCAUUAUGAACUCUAUUUUGCCCAUCACAAUCUUUUCCAUGGGCAUUUUGAUAACUUAAUUCUGAUCUUGCUGGAAUUCAUUCCACAGUACUCCAUUCCUAGCAGCUACCACAAGCUCAAAGCACUUAUGGCACAGCGGACUUACCUGGAAUGGCCUGCAGAGAAGAGCAAACAUGGACUUUUUUGGGCAAAUCUAAGAGCAGCCAUUAAUAUUAAUCUGAUGAAUCAAGUGAAAGAAAUAAAUCACACAUAGGGCUAAAAAUAUUCUUUUUGUCUAUGUUGCUGCUUUUGACAAUUUUAAUAAUGACUUUGUUUUGCAUCAACAUGAAUCUAAACACAAUUUUGAAUUUUAUGACUUAGUCAUUUGUUCUUUUGGACCCAAGUUCACCAAUUAUAUGUUGUAGUAAGAAAUUAAUAACAUUAUAUGAUUUUGAUUUAAAUAGUUAACUUCACACACGAAGGAUUCAUCUAUUUCUUUGCUAUAACAAAAUUCUUUUAGUUUAUCAUGAAAUCAAGAGAAACCACUUGUUUCUCUCAUUGAUAUGUAUUUCUGUGUGCUGGGUCAAUAUUGGAAAAGUCUGCAUCUUAUACACUCUAGCUGAUUUCUAUGGGAGACGUCAUAUUUGUUGGUGACCUUUGCAUUCAACUCAGCAUUUUCUUCUACAUGUUGAAGUUGGCUUAUCACUAAUGCCUAAAACUUUCUGCCUGUGAAGGGUCUUUUUCCCAGCCAUGAGGCCUACACAGAGGACAAUUUAGAAUUUCUGGAGAGUUCUUAGCAGCAGCCCUCCACCAGUGUCAGAAGGAGAAUUGAUUGUCUUAAUGCUCCAAGUUUUGUUUUUUACCCAGUUUUUGAGAUAAAUCUGUGAUAUACUUAAUAGUCUCCCUGAAUUUCCCCCGUGGAAUAAAACUCUGUUUUUUCCCCCAGUAGAAAUAGCUUGAUAAAGUAUUCUUUAAUAGUAAUAGCAUUUGGUUUUUAUCCUAUGUACUUGUUCUUCUAUGGGUGUUUUCUGUGAUCAUAUCUGAAAUAAACUACAUGC